AUGCAACCAGUUAAGCAUUCAGUCAUGGACGCUCCUUUGGAAGGAGAAUAUGUUUCCUUUGAACACUCUCUUAUGGCUCUACCAACAGAGCUGCAUUUACAAAUCUCCUCCUAUCUUUCCUAUCCCGACGCUUUGGCGCUCAAGCACACCUGUCGUCAUUUCUACUAUCUUGUCUAUACCGGCGUCCAUCUCAAAGUAGACUGGCUGGUCGAGCGUUUUGAGCGCAAGCUCGAGUGUCCAAUGGAGAAAUGCUCCUUUCGGACAGACGAGUCGUUUUGCAAUUCAAGAAUUAGGGGAAUCAUGGAACGCCGACGACGACAUUUAGAGUGUCCUCGAAGAAGAGGAGGAUGUCUCGUCAUCGAAGGGAGGACCUGUCAGAAGGACCUCGUUCCGAUCUGGCUGAAGAGGCAGGGCCGGGUGAAAUUUUUGAAACAUGCGGGCAAGGAAGGUCUGUCGGCAGUCCCGUGCCCUUCGUGA